GAGCUGGAUUCAUUCCUCUAGACCCCUCUGUCCUCAGCAUCUCCCCCAAAGGGAUGGAGAACUCAUCGGUGGCAUCGGCCUCCUCGGAGGCAGGGAGCAGCCGCUCCCAGGAGAUCGAGGAGCUGGAACGUUUCAUUGACAGCUACGUCCUGGAGUACCAGGUCCAGGGGCUGCUGACUGAUAAAGUCGAGGGGGAUGGAGAGAGUGAGAAGACCCAGUCCCACAUCUCGCAGUGGACGGCGGAUUGUAGCGAGCAGCUGGAUGGCAACUGUUCCCCAUCCCGAGGGAAGGGCUCCUCGUCUCACCAACACAGUCAGGCUGGGUUUGCCCAGGAGGACCCAGAAGAUGAAGCUUUUGCUGUCUGGGGCAUCAUGGUGUCCUUUAGCAGCUCUGAGGCUGAAUGA